GCCAACGGUAUCGCAUUGGGGUUGGAAUGGGAACGCCCGGCGUUACUGGGACUUCAUGUAAGUUUCGGUUCUCCAAUCCGUCUUGCCAUUACUGAAAUCGUUUAGCUAUGCCGGGAAGCUUCAGCGCAUUGAACGCAUGAUUCAUCAUUAUGGUUCCAGCCUCAACGCAUUACCCCUUCUCGCUGAGUUUCGACAAAACCCGACCGAUACGUAUCUUCUCCGAGUUGGGUACGGUGGAAUCAUUGGCCCAUUAAGCAAUAUUCGGGAGGACGGCUCAAUGUACAACGCGUUCCACUCAUUUCCCGACACUCUCAAGGGCGACGAUUAUUCCGGAGACUACGGUCCUAGCUUCCUUGGAAUGAUGCUGGGUGCUGGUACAUACGUCGUGGAUGACCCUGACGUCGGCCUCAUCGCAUACGGUGGUAAUCUGUUAGUGGAGAGCGAGACGGUGACUGUGCAACCGCGUGAUGCUGUCCGGCGACGUGUCUAUAUUGCGUCAAUGGGCGUCUACGUCACGAUAAGUGCCGGCCAAAUCGAAGAGUUCUCGUUUUCCGCAACUCAGCCAAACUCAUUGGAACUGAGCAUUGUCGCAGGGACAUCCAAUGCGACCACGGCGAUUGUAUGGGUUGAGAAUCCUGGUACAAAAGACGCGUAUGCAGUAACGACCAGCGGGGAACAGAGGAGGGGAGGUGUGGCGGUUGAGCUAUCGGGUGGCUCCGUGACUGUCACGGUGGCCAGGCAGUAGAUCUAACCGAGAGGUUUGCUGUGUUGUAAGCUUUACAAGAUAAUGAAGUAGCUUUGGAGAACAAUCACACUGGA